GCACGUGUAAACGCACCUAGCCCACUCUGGCGUCCUCGUUCCAUCUUCAUCCAUCUCUCCCCUCUCCUCCCUCUCCUCUCUCUCUCUCUCUCCACGGGGGACAGAUGGGAGGAGACGCUCCUGCUGAAUGUGUUUUUCCUGCAGCGGGGUUUUUACGAUAACGGAGAAGAAGGGGAAGCGCGCCGCUCCUCUCCGUCGGUCACGGAUCCGUUCCUCCGGUGUGAUUUCCACACUGACCUUUUCUCCGCCCGCGUCUCGGCUUCUUCAUGCGCUUUUCCUUUCUUCUUGCGUGGAUCGAGGAGCUGUGUGACAGACAGCGGGGUGUAGUCUACGUGUGCUGGAACCCGCUUGGAUUUUAAACCGUCACCGAAUGAAAUGAGCCGCGGUGAUGUCCUCACCUCCUCCGCGUUCCGGCCCCGGGGGUAGCUGCUGAAUAUGCGGCUGGUAGCGCGGGUACCUGUCCUGCUUUCUCACCGGCUCGGUUCGUCCCGGUAGACUGAUCCUGUCCGGUGCUGCGGUGUCCACAGGGGCCACCAGAGUGAUCUUUACUUGAUAGAUAUUAACCGGAUCGGCCACCAGCAGCCUGACAGAUGGAUAACUACUCUACUUUACAACUGCAGUGUCUGGAAAUGACCACUAAGCGGAAGCUGAUUGGCCGGCUGGUGCCGUGCCGUUGUUUUCGUGGUGAAGAGGAAGUGAUCUCAGUGUUGGACUACUCCCACUGCAGCCUUCAGCAGGUCCCCAAGGAAAUCUUCAGCUUUGAGAGAACUCUGGAGGAGCUCUACUUGGAUGCCAACCAGAUUGAGGAACUGCCCAAGCAACUCUUCAACUGCCAGGCCUUGAAGAAGCUGAGCAUGCCCGACAACGACCUGUCCAACCUGCCCACCACCAUCGCCAGCCUGGUUAACCUCAAAGAGCUAGACAUCAGUAAAAACGGAAUCCAGGAGUUUCCAGACAAUAUAAAAUGCUGUAAAGGCCUGUCUGUGGUGGAAGCAAGUGUCAACCCCAUCACCAAACUCCCAGAUGGUUUUACGCAGCUCCUGAAUCUGACCCAGCUCUUUUUAAACGAUGCCUUCCUGGAGUAUCUGCCGGCUAACUUUGGCAGACUCUCCAAACUACGGAUCCUGGAGCUGAGAGAGAACCACCUGAAAACCAUGCCAAAGUCCAUCCACAGACUGACACAGCUGGAGAGGCUGGAUCUGGGUAGCAAUGAAUUCUCUGAAAUGCCAGAGGUGUUGGAACAGAUCCACAACCUAAGGGAGCUGUGGCUGGAUAACAACUCUCUACAGUCUAUACCGGGGUCGUUAGGGAAGCUCCGUCAGUUGCGGUACUUGGACUUAGCUAAGAAUCGUAUUGAGCAGUUGGACACGGACAUUUCCGGCUGCGAGGCCUUAGAAGACCUACUGCUAUCUUCCAACAUGCUGCAGCACCUCCCUGACUCUAUAGGAAUGUUGAAGAAACUGACAACACUGAAGGUAGAUGACAACCAGCUGACCUCACUGCCUAACACCAUCGGGAGUGCGAAGCCCAAGCAAGGUCUGUCUCUGUUGGAGGAGUUGGACUGUAGUUGUAAUGAGUUGGAGUCUUUGCCUCCCACUAUCGGCUACCUGCACAGCCUGCGGACCUUCGCUGCUGAUGAGAACUUCCUCACAGAGCUGCCCCGGGAGAUCGGUAACUGUAAGAAUGUGACGGUGAUGUCACUGCGGUCCAACAAACUGGAGUUUCUUCCUGAUGAGAUCGGACAGAUGACCAAACUACGAGUCCUUAACCUCAGCGACAACAGGUUAAAGAAUCUACCGUUUACCUUCACUAAGCUGAAGGACCUGGCAGCUCUGUGGCUCUCUGACAAUCAGUCCAAGGCUCUGAUCCCUCUGCAGACAGAAGCCCACCCAGACACCAAACAGAAGGUUUUGACCAACUACAUGUUUCCUCAGCAGCCGCGACACGAUGAGGAUUACCAAUCGGACAGUGACAGCUUUAAUCCUACUCUGUGGGAGGAGCAGAGACAGCAGAGGAUGACUGUGGCCUUUGACUUUGAGGACAAGAAGGAAGAGGAAGACAACUCUGGGAAGGUCAAGGUCUCUGAAGUUGAAAGGCUUCUUCGCCAUCACUCUGGUCUUCAGUUCCCCCCAGAGAUUCUCGAUGGGAUUCAGGUGGAGAUAAACCUAAAGCGCUACCCAACACCCUACCCUGAGGAUCUGAAGAACAUGGUCAAGUCAGUGCAAAGUCUAGUGGGUAAAAACGUACAUGCCGGACAUCCACACCAGCACCAGCAUCAGCACCAGCACCAGCACCAGCUGAGCACAGGCACUGCCACCUCGGCAGGAACCAACAUGGAACAUACACACCUCAGCAAAGAGCCGUAUGAACCGCCGUGGCCCCUGCCUCCCAAAGAGGUGACAGACAGAGAGAUGCAGGACUUCUCUCAGGUUCAGCUAAUGGAUCAGGGAUCAAUGCAUAACUCUGGCAUUGACAUUCCCAAGAGGAAGGACAAAGAAGACUUGACAGAGAGCUCUGAGGACUCAAUGGGCGGCUCUCCCAACGACAUCCGUAUCUCUGACAUGAGGCCCACCCUGGUGGAGCCACCGAUGUACAAACCAAAGGUGGUGCUGCUGGGGAAAGAUAAGAAAGAGUCUACAGAUGAAGAGGUGGAUAAACUCCACUGUCUGAACCACAGCGGCUCCUCGGCCACCUACUCCGACUACUCUCCCUCACAGGGCUCCUCAGGCUCCUCCAACCCACCGGCCAACACACACUCACACACACUCUCUCAUGCACACCCUCACGCUCCGGCCCCCAGCAAGGAGCAGGCCCCUCAGACACACUGGACCAACAGAAUUGCCCAGUCGUUCCCCAAGCCCAUUGACUCCAAGCCCCUGCUGUCUCAGAGAGAAACCCCUCCAUCAGGAACCCUGCAGCAGCGCGGGGAUCGGCGUCCACUUAGCGAGCCUUUUGACUGGGCCGAGGCCCCUCAUUACGACAACACAGGUUUCGAUGCAGAGGAGUCUCCUCUGGAUCCUCCAUCAUCUAGUGCGAGUCAGGGAAACCCGCCGCUGGGCUCUAAACCUCGCAGCCAGUCCACACAUGGCCGCCGCCCUCUCCUCAGGCAAGAAAGAAUCGUAGGAGUCCCAUUGGAGCUGGACACCCAGACGCUCCCCUUCCAUGGCAACCAACGAUCCACGCCGGACAAUGAUCCACAGUCCUCUGGACCUUCCCAGAACCCCUGGCAGAAUUGGACCAGGACCCCCAGCCCACUGGAAGACAGAACCGCUUUCCCCUCCAAGUUGGACCUGACACCCACCUCCAGCCCCAACCCCGACCGCAAGGACAUAGACUCAAGGCUGGAACAAGGUACAGGGCCUUUGCCUGGCAGCUGGACAUACCAUAACAAUCAGGGGGAGCAGAACAGGAAGGAUCAGCUCACUGUCACCGGGGGCAACAAGGUGACCGUGGUAAUGAGUAAAAGCUCAGACCGACUGUCCCCUAUGAUGAAGGAGACGAGAUCCAAGUUUAAGAAGUCACAGAGUAUAGAUGAGAUUGACAUUGGCUCCUACAAAGUCUACAGCAUCCCCAUGGACAGCUAUAGUUCAUCCAUUGAGCAGCAGACUAGUUUGGACCGUCCAGAGCUGCCUGGUUCUAUGGAGCAAACCAACAUGUCACGGUCACAGUCCGCACCAAUGUUAGAUGAAGAGCUGGGCUACCCAGGACACGGAGUUGGCAACCAGAACCAGCCGGGACAGAACCAAAAACCUGCCAUCCCACAUAAGGCCUACCACUUUGACCAGAACUACAACCCCCAGGUGACCAUUGAUCGACGGGUCCCUCCCCCCUUUCCCAACACACCAGAUUAUGUCAACCACUCAUCAAAGGCGUUGGAGUACAUAAAUCAACCAGGGAAGACAUUACCCAAGGAGCUAGUGAGCCCUCGGUAUCGUGCAUAUCCACCGCUGGAGAUGUUUUCUUUCCCCCAAUCACCAAUCAACCAGGAUGGCCCACCCACCCAGCAGCAGCCAAUCCCAACACAGCGCUCCAGGCCAGGGUUUUUGCGGAGAGCAGAUUCCUUGGUGAGCUCUACAGAGCUCGCUUUGUUUCGCCGAGUUCACGAAGCCCAGCAGGAGGCACUGCAGGAAGCUCAGUACAGACAGCAGGCGGACCCUCCUCUUUAUGGCCGGGCUCUUGCCUACUCCACCCCCAUGGAGCACUCUGCUAUUACUAACAUGGCCGACAGCCAGACUCAGAUGAUGCACAACAAGAGAAACGGUCGCUAUGAUGAUGACUACCCUACUUACCAGGAGCAAAAGAAGCCCAUGAUUGGUUAUCCCACCAAGAGCCUGACUCAGCGCCGUCCCCUGUCUGCCAGGAGCUACAGCACUGAGACCUACGGAGCAUCUCAGGCCCGUCCAGUCUCUGCUCGUCCCACCAUGGCUGCCCUGCUGGAGAAGAUGCCGCCUGACUACACCCUGGCAACCUGCCCUGAGAAAUCACCUGAUGACACCAUCAAAGUAAGGCCUGUCGUACCACAGAAACCUGAAGACAUCACCUCCAAGAUGCCUGCCGACUGGAGGCAACAGCUACUCAGGCACAUAGAGGCCAAACGAUUAGACAGGAGUGGUGUCCUAAAGCACAACACGCUCACGCUGGGCAUGCUCUGUCAGGGCGGGGGUCACGGCCAGGGGCGCAGCAGCACUUUGAACUUUAACCUUUACAAUAACACUAAGCAUGAGCCCCCUGCUGGCCGCUGGCUGCCACUACCACCUCCUCCGUCUGCUAACGCUACCCCCUCUCAGCAGGCUGCCAUGCUGGAUAAUGACCAGGAGGGGCUGUCAGGGAGCAACCAGUGGGCUCCCUACUCCCUUGGCAGGAGAGACGUCCCACCUGACAACCUCAUGAAAAAGGGCAUCCAUUCACACAACCCCUCCCACCAGUCACACAACACCAUGAUCGUCACCUCCUCUUCCUCCACCACUCCUCACCGUGUGGUCGGGCAGCAGGGCUACGACGGGAUGAUGAACAAGGGGGGCCAGUACCAGCCAGGGAUGCCCCUAUCAGUAGUUCCUGCUGGACAGUACCAAGUCAACAUGUCUCAAGCCCAUCCUGCUCCUGGCCAGGCUUACCCCAGCGCUGGCCUGCCCAUGGCCUUGUCCUCGUCUGGGAACCAGCCCCAGUACAACCCCCAUGGCUCCCACUCCUCCCAUCAGCCUUCCCUGCCCGCUACCAACCCUCAGUACCAUGGCAACCAGGGCAUGGUUCAUAGCAACCAGGUUGUCAUGACCACCCACACCAACCCGCGGCCUCAGAGCGCUCGCUGCCUGUUGCAGACUAAAGGCCAGAAGAGCACGGAUGGUUUCCAGGAGCAGUUGUGUGUGAGAAUAGAGAAGAACCCUGGUCUUGGUUUCAGUAUCUCUGGUGGCAUCAGCGGCCAGGGGAACCCCUUCAAACCCUCCGACAUGGGUAUCUUUGUUACUAGGGUACAGCAUGACGGGCCCGCCGCCUCUGCCCUGCAGCCCGGAGACAAGAUUCUGCAGCAUGACUGUGUAGCUCCUCCUCUUCUCUCUCUUUUCCCCAACAGUGAUGUGUUACUGAGAUAAUGAUGGCAGUGACCCUCCAUCCUUCCACAAACACUCACACAUAGACAUGUGUAUGGAAAAACUGCAGCACACAUACCUCUAUACAUACAUGCACACACACACAUGCUGUUGACUGUGCUGCGUGUUUGCCUUGCAGGCUAAUGGACAUAGUUUUUUACACAUGGAGCACGAGACCGCCGUCUCUCUGCUGAAGAGUUUCCAGCGGACGGUGGACUUGGUGGUUCUGAGAGACAGCAGCACGCGCUAGAAAUAGUUUUAUAACAAACAAACAAACAAAUACAACAACGCUUCUCUUCUCUACUCAUCGCCAUCCCACGCCACCCCACCUGCCCUCCGCUGGAGGCUCGUGGAACUGGAAAAUGAGCCGCCUUUUUUACCUUUUUAGGGGAACACACAGACAUUUAUUUGCCUAUUGCUGGACCAAAGGCAAAUGCCAGUGCCAAAUGUACCAUAGAAAACAUAUCGGCUCUUCUGUCUACCGGCGGUCAGGGACCUGAUCGACGGAUGGACGGACCACAAGAGGACUCUACACUUGGAGUCCUUACAGGGCUGCUGCAGUUUGGAUUUUGUGGUUGGUUUGUUAAUUAGGCAGUCAUCUGAUCAGUCAGUCUGAGUAGUAUGUUUUUGUUGGUUAGUUAGAGUUUUGUGGUAUUCUUUGCUUUUCUCCACUGCCUUUUUCUUGCUGUCCAUAGUAGAUUUUAAAUGAUUUGUUUGGUGUAGCACAUGUUCUUCAUCGUUCUUCUGUUAUUUUUUUUUUCUCUGGUGUCUUCAGUUCUUUUUGUCCCUCUUUUGUACCUUAUUUUCUUCUCAAUUCUUCUCUUUCUUUUACCAUCUUGUGUUUUAUUCCUUUCUGCUGUCUUUUGUUCAGUUCUGCAGGUAAUAUUGCCUCCAGUGUACAGAAAUUGAAAACUUAAGACUUUCUGCCUUGUGUACAUACAUAGAGAUUCAGCUUUCCAGAGCUGCUCUCUCCCUGGGGCCUGAACAGACAGCUCUAAAAGUUUAUGAUUAAUAUAAUUAUUGUUGAUAAACUAUAUUCUGAAUUCUCUCCUGUGAACAUACAGGGAUCAUUUCUCCAAAUGGAUGAUUUUCUAAAGUAUAUCACUAUUUUAUCUGUAUAGAAAACACUUUUCAUAGGUCAUCAUUGCUAUUUGGUUUUUUGUUUGUUUAGGAAACUGUUGCUUGCACAGCCGUGCUGAAAAGAGCUAAAGCAAUAUUUCUGAGGCUCAGCCCGUUGAGCUUUUCAGCAGAGCCUAACUUGUCCUGCAGUGCCAUCUAUCGAGUGAGUCAUGCUAAUGUUUACACACACUGCCAUGCACAUGAACUAACAGGCAAAACACACACAUACAGACUCCUGUGUCCCCAUACACAACACUUGCAAUGCUAAUUUCUGUGCACUGUUGCAUAAUGAAGUCCUGACUAUAAUUUUAGAAUACAAAUUCUAUUAUAAAACCAGUCACACUCACACAGAACACCAUUAAUAAUAUCUGUGCCAUCUUUUGAAGUCCUUGUCACAGCAAUGCCACAUCCCUUUCUAGGUGUUUGAGUUGUAUGAUAAGGUCACAGCAUGCUUUCAUAUUAUUGGGCACUGACAGCCAGCCAUUUUCUAUUCUAGAUGUUUUCUACACUCUAGAAGACUCUAUUAGCACUGAAUUUCAGUGAGACUGAUCUUCUAUCGUUGGUGCCAUAUGGACCCUCUGCCGCUCCUUGGUUGUAUUUAAACAGGCCCACAUCCUCAGAGCUUUACUUCUUUGUGGCCCAGAUCUCACGUGCACACAGUAGUGAGAGCAGCAGUGUGGCUUUAGAGAGUGGGGAAACUGGUUUUUACCUGUUGGCUCAGCCUCGAAUCAAGUGUCAGCAAGCAUCUGCUCUGCUGAAGUGUCCUAACCUCCGGCCUUCCUGUGGAAAGCAACAAGAGAAAAGAGUGUCCCUAUAAUAACCAGUAAGGUGUAACACAGUUUUAGUGACAUGAUUUUCCCUUCUUAGACAAUCAGGGAAAGAUCUCAUCUGUUGUUUGUUACACUUGAAUUUUCAGUGUAACCUUGGUAACCUGAGGAGAUGCUAAUUGACACAAAGAGCGUGCAUUGACAUUUCGAUUUGCAAACUUUGUUGGUAAAGAUUAAAAUCAGGUUAUAGUUGAAGUUAGACAUCAAAAAGAACAGGGAAAAGGACGCACUCAAAUGUUGAAAGUGAGAUUUUGUGGGGCGUUUCUGGUCAAAGCUGGGGCUGUUGCAGUGUGGUCUGACCUUCACACUGGAGAAGUUGUAUUGACAUGACAGAAGUAACCACAAAUAAGAGUAAAGAUGUUCAUUUUCUGUCUUUGUGCAAAUGCAACAUAUGUCUUGAAGACAUUUCAUGACAGUGAGUUCUGUUCUGUAAAACAUCUGUUUCAUCUAGAGCGAAACAACAUGCCUCACUGUCCUUUGCUUUUUACUUGACAUGACACACUGUGCACAUUUUGUGUCGACUCUCUUAAGAUUUCCGUUAAUUCAACAUAAAGGACACAAAAUGGCACAGUUUAAUCAGGUGGUUGAGAGAUUUAACCACAGCUACCCACCCAACCCUAUCUAGAGUUUGAAAUAUCAAAGAUAUUGUGAUGAGAACAGAGAAAAAGGUUUGAUAAUAUAAUUAUUUUUUACUACAUGUUUCAGGUAAUUCUUUCUAAAUAUAUUGAUAUACCUUAGCUUUGCUCAAAAAUUGUGAUAUUUUAUAAUGACACUUAUAACAAAGUUAUGGAUGGAAGUACGCACAGUAUGACUUGGAGACCUACACAUGUACUAUCCAAAACUGUAUAAAAUGUAUUUCUACUGUAAUUGUGAAUUUGUGUUAUACAAAUAUAUAUUAUAUAUAUAUGUAUAUGACUAUAAAAACAGUCAUUUUCUAUGUGUUUAAACUACAUAAGAGCUGAACAAAUGAGGACGGUGUCACUGUACAUAGCUGUGAAUGAAAUCCAAUUUAAAAUGACUCAUAUUGAUUGUGAAUGUACUCAUGCUUUCUGCAGUACCUACACCUACCCAACUUGAAUGCUGCUUCUUCUGUUGUGUGACAAAAAGUACUUUGACCUCCGAAGAGAGAAACGCUGUCGAGUUAUAAGUUGGACAAAUUUUAGUGACGAUUUAACAGAACUAUUUAUUUCUUUAUUUAUUUGCACAUGCAAGUUGAAAUCCUUCCAGUUUUAAGUUUGAGUAUUAAUGCGGAGAAAUGUAAUUGCCGAAGUAUAUAUAAUAUAUAUCAUGUGUUUAGAAUGCAUUUUGCAGACGCUAUCUGUACAUACUAUUUAAGAUACAGUUUUUACAAAAAAUAAUAUAUGUAUAAAAUUGAAAAAAUGCUGUGCAGCGAUUAUACUGGAGCCAUUUUGGGCUUUGGGACGUACCAUUUUUUCAGUAUAUAAGAAGUGUUUUGAAUAAUGUACUAAAGUCUCUAUUGUACAAAUAAUAAAAAUGUCACUAUUGGUAAUAUGG